UAUUCCUCUCUUUCACUUCUUUCCGACUGACCGGACAGGAGGCGACUUCUCCAUCCAGCCAGGAUGAUGGAGUUUAUUUCCCCCGGAGUCCCACAUCUUGUUCUGGUUCUCCUGGUUCAGCUGACGGUACAUGCACAGAUUCCACCUCCGCCAGACGAUAAGGCCCCCAAAGGGAUGAUGUUCGAGGAGGUGAUGGCGAAGAGCAUGUGUCACCCCAUGGAGCAGCUGGUGGAUGUGGAGCAGGAGUUCCCUGGAGUCGUCGGCUACAUCUACAUGCCUGCUUGUGUGUCUCUAUGGCGAUGCUCUGGUUGCUGUCGGGACGAGUACCUGGAGUGUCAUCCCACCCUCGAACGCAACAUCACUGUGCAGAUGAUAAGAAUUGCUCCUUUCAUAUCCCGCAACCACGUGGAACUGACAUUUGUGGAGCAUCAGAAAUGUGACUGCAGAGCCCGUCAGACACUUCUAAACUAUACCAGCAGCAGCCAGGAGUCCUUCAGGAGUAAACCUCGGCGGCGGAAACUCAAGAAGACAGAGACCGGCUGUGGCAAGUGCCAGUUUCCUCAGAACAACUGAUUCACACACCUGUCAAAAGUUUCAUUGGGAGGAUGGACUUUGACUUGGCGAUCUGAAGCACUUUCUGUGAAUUGAAUCUUAACACCUGUCUUUACAUCUUGACUUUGUUUUCUACUUUUUGCUUAAUAACAAUAUAUCUAGACUCAUUUGGCUCUGACUGCUGUUUUUACAAUAGGCCAAUUUUUUAUUUAAAAAAUGUGGCUGCUUUUGUUUGAGCUUUUAAAAAGAGAGAUAAGGUGACAGACAGAUAAUCUGUGCAGAGAUGGAAUUCUUUGAGUUUAUCAAUCACUUGGCGGAAGGAUGACGGUCUCCAGCCACCUUGAGUUUUCACUGAUUAACUGUCAUAUCAAUGUGUCAGACCCUCC